AUGGCAGAAAAGCAGGUCACAACACUGGUGAUCAAGGUUGACCUUGAAUGUGAGAAAUGCCAGAGGAAAAUCAAGAAAGUACUCUGUAAAAUCCCUCGUGAGUUUCUGAUUCCUUCUAGCUCCAUUAAAACAUUAGAAAUUCAGAACCAGAUAUAUGAUAAGAAGGCAGGCACAGUGACAGUCACUGUGGUAUGUUGCAGUCCUGAAAAGAUCAAGAGGAAGAUAUGCUGCAAAGGAGGUGAAGCUGUCAAAGGCAUUGAGAUUAAGGUGCCAGAGAAGCCUAAACCAGCAGAGAAGCCGAAAGCACCAGAGAAGCCUAAAGAACCUGAAAAACCUAAGCAACCAGAGAAGCCUAAAGAACCUGAAAAGCCUAAGCAACCAGAGAAGCCUAAAACACCUGAAAAGCCAAAAGAACCAGAGAAGCCUAAAGCACCUGAAAAACCAAAAGAACCAGAGAAGCCUAAACAACCUGAAAAACCAAAAGAACCAGAGAAGCCUAAACAACCUGCAGCUCCAGCUCCACCGAAACCUCCUGAACCUGUUCCUGGGUACCCACCGGUACCGGUCUACCCGCGUACAUGUUGCGAUGAAUGCUAUCAUGGGAUCGGCGGAGGCCCAUGUUUUCAUGACUAUGGCAGGCCAGCACCACCCCCAUGCUAUGGAAGGCCAGUGUAUGAUAGCUGGGGUGGUGGUUGUGAUUGCCGAAGAAGUGGCUAUUAUGUGUGUAGGUGUGAGUAUGUCUGCGAUGAUCGUCCCUCGGUAUGCACAAUCAUGUGA